UUUUGGUGGGGCCGGGAGUUAUCCGGUGCGAGCGGCGGCGGAGCUCGCUGGGCCCGGCUCGGAGGCAGCGGCGAGGGGGUGCCCGCUGCGGAGAUGGCCAACAUCGCGGUGCAGAGGAUCAAGCGGGAGUUCAAGGAGGUGCUGAAGAGCGAGGAGACGAGCAAAAAUCAAAUUAAAGUAGAUCUUGUAGAUGAGAAUUUUACAGAAUUAAGAGGAGAAAUAGCAGGACCUCCGGACACACCAUAUGAAGGUGGAAGGUAUCAACUAGAGAUAAAAAUUCCAGAAACAUAUCCGUUUAAUCCACCUAAGGUGCGGUUUAUUACCAAAAUAUGGCAUCCUAAUAUUAGCUCAGUCACUGGGGCCAUUUGUUUGGAUAUUCUGAAAGAUCAAUGGGCAGCAGCAAUGACUCUAAGGACAGUGUUGUUAUCACUGCAAGCAUUGUUGGCAGCUGCAGAACCAGAUGAUCCACAAGAUGCAGUAGUGGCAAACCAGUACAAACAAAAUCCAGAAAUGUUUAAACAGACAGCUCGACUUUGGGCACAUGUGUAUGCUGGAGCACCAGUUUCUAGUCCAGAAUACACCAAAAAAAUAGAAAACCUCUGUGCUAUGGGCUUUGAUAGGAAUGCAGUAAUAGUGGCCUUGUCUUCAAAAUCAUGGGAUGUAGAGACUGCAACAGAAUUACUCCUGAGUAACUGAGCCAUGUAGAGAGAGCUGCUUCAAUAGUCCAGCUUGCCCCUUCUGGAGGAGCGUCACCAUCUGUUAUUUCUAGGAUUCUAUAUAGAUUCUCUUUUAAAACUGGCACUCUUGCCUGAUGAUGCUGUCUAGGCACUAUUGGAGACUGAAAAAAACCGCUCUGUAAAUAAAGCUAAUUAAACGUCUGUGUAAAUUUAAAAA